GAAGCUUGCCAGUGACUGUAAAGGAUGGGUCUUUUUCCACGGCAGAAGACGUCUAUUUUCAAGAGAAGCUAGAGCUCAAUCUGGCUCUGGUUAUUAUGAUAGUUAGUCCUAUACUCCGUAUAGUAAUUGACGAUGUUAAAAGGAUCGCGGUCAGAUCAGAAUGGAGGUCAAGAUAAGCUCUUGCUGAGUCAGCAGCAUGUGACCCCUUUCCGUUUUCGGGCGGAUCUCAUCUGGGCCGAGCCUGGAACUUCGGCGGCGAAAAAAAAAAAAAAAAUUAACGGGCGAUCAGACAACUUUCUCAUCCAACUUCCCUUCCCUGCUGUUUUUCCCUGCUUAUUCUUACAUAUAUUUAUAUAUACCCGUUAACAUUGUCCCUGAGCUUCUAAUACUCUUCCCCUUCCUAGGGCGAGCCGCUUUUCGCCAACCAUCUAUCCUAACUUCGUGGGGUUCUGCAGUCUUAUCAGUCAAACAUUUUGAUAUCAAGAUUCGGUGCUCACCCCUCCGCCCCUCCUCCAUAUUGACAACAUUAUUACCUUGUAAUCUUGCAAGAGCAUGAGCUUGUCCCCGCGCACAUUUUAUUUAAUCCCAUAAGGGCACUAGCUCGAGUUGGGAAGAAUCUGCAUGCGAAGAAAGGGGUCAUUUCGUUUCCCUCGCCAUUUGCCACUGUCCUCUCGGACCCAAGUUCCAGCUGGGGCUUUAGCAAGGUUGUCUCUUUUUGCCUUUUCACUUCUUCUUCUUCUUCUUCUUUUUUUUUUUCCUCUUCCCUUUUUACGUUCUUCUUUACUUGUAUAUUAUAUGCUCUAGACGAAGUCGGACGACCCUUCUUGUUGAAAGAAAAAUCGCGAGAAAUCAUGUCACCUAUCGCAGAGCAGCAGCUCAGUAAGGCGCCCACCGAUUCCAAGGGCCAUACGGUAGCCCAAAAUGACAUUUCCACAGGAGAUUCUGAAACAAAGGUAGAAGCAUCUGAUUCACAAGCUCAACCCGCGAAUGGGGAUUCCACGGGUCUCACCAUUGCGGGAGAUCGAUCACCCAGGCAGCAUCGAGCCAGUAUAGGAAGGAGGGUAACAACACGCCCAUUGCCGCACCCUUCGUCCAGCUCUCUGAACUCGCUAAGCAGUCAAAUUCAUAGCCUUAACUUUGAGACGGUUAUUCAAGAUGACGACGAGCCCGGAAUUCGGCAUCGCGAUAUUGAAGAGAACCCACAUGCCCAACGUUCCCUGUUCGCUCAAGUCCUCGACUGGUUGCAGCAUGAGAAAGCCAAGGCUGUAGCGCGUGCCUCCAAGAGAGCCGGUGACUCGCAGGCAACCCUGCCAGAUAUCACCACCGGAGAUGCAACCUCAACUUUAACUCGAGGGAGAAGCGACUCUCAAGCGUCGGAGGGAACAUUGGCUCUGGAGAAGUUGGAGCAGAUUUUAGCGCAAUAUGCGGUUUCUGGGAUAGAGGGCAUUUCAUCUGCCCCGAUUGGACGUAAGAGAUCGUCAUCUUCUCUCAAACGGCGAGCUGGCAUUAGAUGUUUAAGACGGGGUUCAACUUCUGAUUCUGAUUAUUCGGACGCUGAUCAACCACCCCCCAGUGCCGAUGUUGUCCUUGAUAACUCCAAAACUCUCUUGUAUGGCGGAGGUGAAGCAGACAAUGAUUUUGGAAGCCAGAGUUCAUUGAACAACCUCCCCGCUAAAGCCAAAGGACAUUGGUUAAAAUUCAAAUUUGAAAUCGUGCGCUUGACGCACACCCUAGGCUUCAGGGGCUGGAGAAGAAUUCCCCUCGAAGACUGUAGUAACAUUGAAGUUGUCCGCCUCAGCGGAGCGCUAACAAAUGCUGUGUAUGUUGUCUCUCCGCCGAAGAAUUUACCACUUCCAUCUUCGAGUGGCUCGAGCUCAGUCAUGCCUAGACACCCUCCGCCACAACUCUUACUCCGCAUCUACGGGCCACAAGUAGAACAUUUAAUCGAUCGGGAGAGCGAACUCCAGAUUCUACGUCGUCUAGGGAAGCGGAAUAUUGGCCCCCGGGUCCUAGGCACGUUCAACAAUGGCCGCUUCGAACAGUAUUUCCAUGCAAGAACUCUCACGCCAAGAGACCUUCGCAAUCCAGAGACCUCUAAGCAAAUCGCCAAGCGAAUGAGGGAGCUGCAUGACGGGAUCGAACUACUCCCCGAAGAAAGGGAAAGCGGCCCGUUUAUAUGGAAGAACUGGGACAAAUGGGUUGAGCGGUGCGAACGGGUCGCGUCGUGGCUGGAUAGCGAAAUCAAGUCUCCCCUUAAUCAGUCCAAGCUCGAAUCGGAGCCAUGGCGGCGACAUGGUUUUGUAUGCGGCGCCCCAUGGCCAAAGUUCCGGAAAUUAGUUGAAUCCUAUCGCAAGUGGCUGGAUACAUGCUAUGGUGGAGCACCUGAGAUUAACAAGCAGCUUGUGUUCGCUCAUAACGACACACAAUAUGGCAAUCUUCUUCGCCUUGAACCAAGUGGAGAGUCUCCUCUUCUACUCCCAGCCAACGAACAUAAACAGCUUGUAGUUAUUGACUUUGAGUAUGCGUCCGCGAACACUAGAGGCCUGGAAUUCUGUAACCACUUUACGGAAUGGUGCUACAACUACCAUGACCCAGAAAGAUCGUGGGCCUGCAAUACGAAAUGGUAUCCCACCCCAGAAGAACAGGAUCAAUUCAUUCGCGCAUAUCUCAACCAUCGGCCACGCACCUUCCACCCACCGGAAACCCAGUCUGCGCCUACGUCCUCGGCGGCUUCGAUGAGCGCAGCUUCAAGCACGGCACCAACGCCAGUAUUUCAUGCAUCGCAUUCCAAUAGUCCUCGGAUAACUCCCUUCAUGCUCGAUACUCAAGUUCCGCCGUUUCCCACGUCAUCGUCCCAGGAUCACGAGCGGGCCGAACAAGCACUCGACCUAGAAGUUCGACGUCUUCUCCGCGAAACUCGCCUCUGGCGUGCAGCCAACUCCGCGCAAUGGGUGGCUUGGGGGAUUGUCCAGGCCAAAAUCUCGGGGAUGGAAGAAGCUCUCGCCGCUUCGUCUGCUCCCGUCGAGGCAGAGUCUGGGACAACAGGAGAAGAAACAAAGAGUGACACUAUCGAAUUGGACCGCAGGAGUGAGCAAUCUAGCGAUACGAUCGGUGAGCCUGUAGGUGAGUUUGAUUAUCUGGCCUAUGCUCAGGAUCGGGCACUCUUUUUCUGGGCGGAUGUUCUAUCGCUCGGGCUUAUUAAAGAGGCCGAGCUGCCUCCUGACAUGGCUCAGCGGAUCAAGGGGCAUAUUCUUGGGUAUUGAGAGUAACAUGCAACACACAUGUGAGGGAAAGGAUCGAUAAGUUGGUCGUUGGUCGGGGCAAGUGGUAGUUCAGUAUGGCUGUGAGUAUGCCCUGCCCUGUAGAUACACCUACAUGCCCGAGAACGCCCCCUUUUUUUUUGCUUUAAAGUUUCUUCUUUUAGGAUAGCUGUGCAAUUCCAUUUUACCUGUUUCUUUUUCUCUAUCUUUUCCCAUCCGUUCACCUCGUAAAAAUUGCAUUAAUGACCGAAGGAAACUUUGGUUAGUUACAUUGCAUUUUCAGUUUCAUUUUCUUACAAUUGCUCGAGUCUUCCAUUUACUAUUCCUAGAGGGUGCUACUAUACCUACCUUUACGUCUAUUAAUUUUUCUCUAAUAUCCCUCACAUCUAAAUUGGGUGCCUUAGAAAGAUUAUGCUUUCUGACCCCCUUUUCUGUGAUAUGGAACUUUGAUUUUUGGCGAGGGCCGGGGUUAGCAGUUGAAUUUGACUUUUAGUCGUUUUGGCAGGUCGACAUUAUUAUUCAAUCGCAAGAAUAUAUUCCACCUUUGAUAGAUUUCUACGCGCGGGAAUUAUGAAGAUACCCAAGGAAACGACUUCUGCUAGGUACACAACCAAAGGCGUUAAACUUCAUGCAAGGUAAGUUAAGUUCUGGGUAUGACCAUAACAGAACAAAAUUCUAUCCCAAAGCUGCCAAUUCCGUCAAAUCAUGCCUAAAUUUUCCUCAACUGCCUAGUCCAAAUCACCCCCACCACCUCUUCCUCUCCUCAUUUCUAAUCUCCGCUGCGUCUCCUUCCUCGCGCCUUCUAUCCACUUGUUGUAACUCUCCUCGCCCUCUUUAACCUUCAUCCCAACAACCCCCUUAGCCACCUCCCCAAUGAACCCAACAAAAUUGCACCUCCGCAAUGCAUUCUCCCAUUCCCACGCCCUUCUCUUCCUCCUCUCCCUAUCCAACAUCUCUACAUCCCCGAUCUCGAGCGCCCUCACUCUCAAAUCCCUCACCACCGCCAUCAGAUUAAAUCGAAUUUCUCCCUCCGGGUACCUCGCAAUCCUCCUCUGCAACACUUCAAUAACCUUUUCCGGAAAUGACGAUUCAUCGCAACUGCCGUGGCUAAUUGGAAACGGCUGUAGCCCAUCCAACUCAUAUAAAACGCCGUUGAACGGCGUGUAGGCGAUGAAAUGAUAGAGCUCCGCGUCCUCUUCAGAAACAGGCGGGCGGGACGUUUCAUCGACGAACGGCGACGCGCGCGCAAAGGCAUUAUGCGAGGCUCUAAUCCGCGCGGAAUUACUUAGUGCCUCGCCGCGUAGGUCUGGCGGGAAACCUGUUGUGAAGUCCUUGAAGUCGCGGAGUUCGGGCCCGAUGUCGAUGCCUGCUUGUGAGGAUUGGGAGGCGAGGGAAUCUUGGUUGAGGAUUACGGAGAGGACGGCUUGCGUGCCGCAGGCGUUCUGGAUCGUUUGGGCGGCGAAGAAGAGCCCAUUAUCGGUUGCGGCGCGGUCGUAGGUGCCAUCCUGUGGAGCAGCGGAGUCGCGCGACUGGCCGCCGGCCCAUUUGAAGAGGAAAAUUACUCCAUAUACGGGACUGUGUGAUUUGAGGCGAGCAGUGGGUCAGUGGGUUACUUGUGCAGGCCAAACGGAUGGAGAUAAUAUAGGUGGGCAGGGGUGAGUUCUAUACCUUAAUGACCUGAUUGUGUCUGCGUCGAGAGAUAUAAGCUCUUCGAACUGGACGUCUUUGACGCCAAGAUUUUCAAUCAAUGAAGUGAAAACGCCCUGCGCUCAGCAAUGGACACGGUCAGCCAAAUGGCAUGGGAAGCUUGAACACUAAUUAAUAGAGGGAGCCGGACAUUCUUGAUCGCGGCAAUUGUGGAAGAUGAGUGGAGGGAAAGCGACAGACCUCGUCUGAUUCGAUAGUACUCCAACCUCCGGCGUCUGUCAUGAUUCCGUUGGGUUUCCUUUACUAACGGAUAGUUCUUCCUCUUGAUAGAUUUCUUUCCUAAUUCUCUGCAAUUUCCCGUACGUCCUGGCAAAUAAUCUAAGUCAAAUUAUGUAUCUUUGGCCCUUGUUUGGAAGUUGUCGCAGCGCUGUUAUUUCUUUCUCAUGAUGUCAAAGGCCUGUUUGUGGCCGAUGCAAACUUGCUAUUUGUGGUUUAGCGUGUCAAAUCCUCUUCCUUCCCAACUUCCAUCACUAUGAGCAGGAAUAUAAAAAAAGAUUGAGAUAAGUUUACAAGAGUUCUCUAACAGGAGCUGAACUUAAAGCAAGAGCGGUCAACAUUGGAGAAUGACAAAUGCUAUUUAUGCCGUGCUAGAUGGCGUGGGGAAUGCCUCUGCGUCGUCAUGGAUUUUGGAUUAGGGCACUAGACAGGCGGUCGUUGGAAUAAUGAAAUGGCGAAAGAGCUAACAUGUCAACGUAUAAAUGGAAGCUUGAACAACUUUCAUGGAGCUAUCAAAGAGUGAAGUCUUGAAAGCUCUGCUGGCAAGCAGGUGAAUAUCUGAUUUACAACAAUAACCAAAACAUGCUUGGCCAGUUAGUAUGGAAUUACGGCGUCAUCAUGAUUCAUUUUCUCGAAAUAUGAAGAGAGCUCUGAUUAUCAGGUUAUGAGCCUGUAUCAAUCAGUACGUAUGCACUGCAGAGCGUGUCCUCUGGUAACUCAUAUUGGCCGCCCUACCAGAUAGUCCGCUUGAAAGGCCCACGGGGGCCCACAGCAAGGCAGCAUAACGAUAUAUUGCAACUACUCAGAUUGUGAGAAAUCGCAUUUCGAGAAUCA